ACUAAAGAAAAUGUCGAUUUCGACGUUGAAACAGCAUGAAUGACCAAAAAUAAUGAAUGAACACGUGCAUAAGUAAUCGCGAGGAUGUGAAAGAAGCUGAACCUUCUCCGACCCAAAUUCCUUGCCGAUUUCGUUGUCUUCCACAGCGGGGCAGCGUAACCGCGAUCUACAGACAGCAUCACACAUCCAUGGGCAUUUGAGGAGAACUUAACUUGCUGUCGGAUGUCACAUACCAACAAUCUGAUGUAGACAGAAAGCUAUAAAAGUGCGGACACAUGUCCGCGCUCAGACCGUGAAGGCGUGCGCACCAUCGAGGACCAUGACAUGAUAACAGAGCUUCAGUUUACGCACGUUUACGCAAACGCAUUAACCGCCACACAUGGUUUUACAAUGGAAUCAAGUCCUAUCAUUUAUGGCGAGGAUUUCUGAAGUGAAGAUAAAAUGAAAAUAAAUGGCAGCGGCUUGAUGAACAGUUCUUCACUGAGCCCUCACGAUGAGAACACCCUGAAUCGCCCUCCCUGGGUCGCCACAACUUUGGGCAGUUUUCUGAUCUUCACUAUCGUGGUUGAUAUAUUGGGGAACCUCUUGGUGAUCUUCUCCGUCUACAGAAACAAGAAACUUAGAAACGCAGGGAACAUAUUUGUGGUGAGUCUGGCCGUAGCUGACCUUGUUGUGGCCAUCUAUCCUUAUCCUCUCGUCCUGGUCUCCAUUAUCCACAAUGGAUGGAAUCUGGGAUUUGUCCACUGCCAGAUCAGUGGAUUCCUGAUGGGACUGAGCGUGAUUGGAUCUAUAUUUAACAUCACGGGCAUCGCCAUCAACCGCUACUGCUACAUCUGUCACAGCCUCAAGUAUGACAAGCUAUACAGUGACAAGAACUCUCUUUGCUACGUCCUUCUUAUCUGGAUUCUGACCGUGGUUGCAAUAGUGCCAAACUUUUACGUGGGCUCCCUGCAGUACGACCCCAGGGUCUACUCAUGUACGUUUGCGCAGUCGGCCAGCUCGGCGUACACGAUUGCAGUGGUUUUCUUCCAUUUCAUCCUUCCAAUCAUGAUUGUGACGUACUGCUACUUGCGCAUUUGGAUCUUGGUGAUCCAAGUGAGGAGACGCGUCAAGCCUGAAUUCCGGCCUAAGCUUACGCCGCAUGACAUAAGGAACUUUGUCACCAUGUUUGUGGUGUUUGUCCUUUUCGCUGUAUGCUGGGCUCCUCUCAAUUUCAUCGGCCUGGCAGUCGCUAUUAACCCAGACCAGGUUGCGCCUCUUAUCCCGGAGUGGUUUUUUGUAUCCAGUUAUUUUAUGGCCUAUUUCAACAGCUGCCUUAAUGCCAUAGUCUACGGACUGCUGAACCAGAACUUCAGAAGAGAGUACAAGAAAAUUAUCAUCUCCCUCUGCACUGCGAGGAUGUUCUUCCCUGAGAGCUCAAAUGACGCUGUAGAACGAAUCAAAAGCAAGCCAUCCCCUUUAAUGACAAACAACAACCAAGUCAAAGUAGAUUCGGUAUGAAAUCACGCAAAAGGACACUGUGAAUCCAAAACCAAAUCAACAUUUCAGCUGCUUCCAGAAUGAACUAUUUAUAAACAAUAUUUAUAAUCUGAAUACAGGUGUAUGUAUUUCUUGUACCUGUUGCUUUUACAAGAAGGUGCAUUUCAAAUGUCUUGCUUCGUCUCAGAGUUUACAAGUUCAUAACAUUAGGCCUUUUUGUUUUUUAUACAGCACAAUAGGUCAGAGCAUCGUUAUAUACAGUACAAUUUUUUCAGGACAUCAUUAAUGCUACAAAACCAAUGCACAUACUGUUGUAUAUGAAGGUGCCAAGUGAGACGGUUGAUAGUUCUUAAUCCUCAUAAGUGCUUGACCUUGACUACAUUUACUUUACAUGAGCAAAAAUAAUGAAAUGAUUUCUGAUCAUCAGAGAAAGGACAUAAUUGCAUAAUAGGCUUUUUGCAUGACAAAAGCAAACCUCUUUACUUUUAUAUUACAGGCAGUUGAUAUUAUUAUAAUUAUUCAUUAAGAAGUGUGUUUUUGUACCAACAAACUGUAUUAUUAUUCAGAAACUGUGCUGCAGAAAUGAUGAAAUUAGCAACAAAUUCUCAUUGGAAAUAUGUGCCUCAGCUCAUAUUUUUGUGAGGCCCAAAAAAAGUACUUUGACUGCAGGUUCUAUUUAAAACGAGGUGUAACAAUGGGGUGUAACAACAACAAUCGGUUUUCUGGUCAAUUCACUUAGUAGCUCAUUAUGCAAGGUGUUGUACUCAUGAGAAAAAGUGCUCGGGUUUGAGUAUGGUCAAAAUCAAGGUAAUAGUGUGUGGUUGCAGAGCAAUUGUUUUUCUUACAUUCACUUUUGAAAACACUUUGUUGCGUUUGGGGAAGGGUUUGGGUCAGGUGAUCUUCUCUGCCUUCUUGAGGAAGUGUAUCAGGAAGUACAUGUAUCUGAAAUGUACAACAAAACGUACCAUAAGAAAUGUAUUUCAGAUUAGCAAAAAUGUAAUCAGUGCCAUCUGUAAAAUGCAACCAAACAUACCCAGAGCACUGAAUUUAUGUUGCAAAAAAAUGUAGGCUGAGGCAUGUAUUUGCAAUGAGACUGGGCUGGAUUUUAGAUGUGUUACAUCUACAUAUAUGGCUUUGUGAUGGACAUGUAACUGGUUUUGUUUAUGUUGAACUGCUCUCUGUGCACUGAUGAUGUAGCACAAACACUUUUUGCAAUGAGUUGUGGUCACAGAUUUUUUUUGCCAACUAAGGGUAAUAAUGUGAAAUAGGUGUUUACCUGCUUUGUUUACAAAAUUGUUUACAGUUUAAUGUAAUUAUGGUUACCACUAUAAUGAUUUAAAUUAGGGGUGGGCUGUAUGAUCUAUAUUUAAAUAGAUAGUUAUUCCAGAUAUAUUCAUUAUUUCAUUGAAGGGCACUAGGGAUCAACGGGAGGCUGUUUGGGAGCGUUUUAUAAAGAAGAAGAAUUUAUUACAGCGAAAACUGAAUUAUGUAUGAUUUAUGCCACACCAAUCAAACCCUUUUUUAUAAAAUCUGGUCAAUUUAUGACAUAACGCAUGCUAUUUGUGUAUUUGACUUUCAUUUUUUUAGUCUAAAGUUUACAGCACCCCAUGUGAGUCAGUCAUGCUAACGGAUGGGCAUUAGGACCUGGAUGAACAAGUAAUUUACCGAGGGAUAUUAUUGUACACAGAAUUGUCCUGUAUUCACAUUCCCAUUUCCAAGUCAGUAAUGCAAAACUGACUUUAAACUAACUCAGGCAAAAGUUCACCUCAGAUUGCGGACCUUAUUCAGACUCACAGACACUACAUGUGGGUUAGCCACGCCCACUUAUUUAAAUGUCAAUGCACAGAGAAUGGGAAUCUACGCCACAGUGAGUUCUGUUCUGCUAUUGUUGUGGACACGCAAGAAAGCACAAUAUAAACCAAUGGAAAUCACCACAGAAAAAGCUGACCAUUUUAAUACCUUUAGAAAAACAUACUAAAUACACUCAGAAUAAAAUUAACAAACAUGUAAAUAACUUUAUAAAAGCUAUCUGUGUGUCUGAGAAGCUGAAAACAAACAUUCCAUAAGAUUUCUGUAUCCAACACUGAAGUGGAAUUAGAGAAGUGGAGCAAAAACGUAGAGGGAGCGGUUAAAAAAUGAACUAGUUUAUCUGUAAGUAUCAACAAACUGCCACAAAAAAACAUUUCCAUAAAUGAUUUGCUUUGUUAUGUGUACACUUAUAGUUUAUUGCUAAUGAGUGAAUGAUACAAUAAAUCAAAAGAGAUUAAUGGGAAUCAAUGCCCAGAAUGUAUUGCACAAAUGUAUUGUGUCAACUUAUUCCCAUUCUCUAUGCAUAAUCAUACUGCCCAGUCUUAUUAAGAAUAAUCGUAUUUGUUUGAUAGUACUAUUUACAUGAAGUAACGUUUAACCACAAAAUUGCCAAAAUCCCUUAUUCAACACAAUGACCAACAUCAUAAUGUUGCUGUAAUCAUCCCUGGAGGAAGAUAUGGAGAAGACUGCACAGUGAGUUGUCUUGACCGUUUAAUAAUUCCAAAUGUCAUGGAUUUCAUUCAAAAUGGAUUUGUUUAUCACAAUUAAAAUCAGUAUAUGCCACAUAUUUCUAUGAGAUUAAUCAUAUAAAGUAAUUAUAAUGCAAUUUUGGCAAUAUAGUGAUCGCCCUGUAUGCACAAUACUUUAAUCAACCUGAUGCAAUUAUAAGCAUAGAUCACCCCAAAAUUAAAAUCUAUUCACCAUUUAGUCGCUUAAGUGAUUUCAAACCUGUAUAAGUUUGUUUCUUCUGUAAAACACAAAAGAAUGUCAAUGGCCACCUUUAAAAUAUUUGU